AUGAAGGACCUCGAGACGCAUCCGGCUAUCAAUGAACAACUGUACUCCAGACAGCUGUAUGUGCUGGGCACAGAUGCCAUGAGGAAGCUUCGGCUGUCUUCCAUGCUGGUGUCUGGCAUGAAGGGGCUAGGUGUGGAGAUUGCCAAGAACCUCGUCCUGGCUGGAGUGGGCAGACUCACCCUGCAUGACCCCAGCCCUGCCUGCUGGAUGGAUCUCGCUUCCCAAUUCUUCCUAUCAGAGAAGGACAUAGGACAAAACAGGGCCAAAGCAUCUCUGCCCCACCUGGCCCAGCUCAACAGUUCUGUGUGCAUCGAUAUACAUGACGGACCCCUCACUGAGACGGAGCUGCAAGGUUUCCAGGUGGUGGUCCUGACAGACUCCACACUCCAAGAACAGCUACAGGUGGGCAGCCUUUGUCAUGAGCUUGGGGUGCACUUCCUGGUGGCCAGCACUCGGGGCCUGGUGGGACAACUUUUCUGUGACUUUGGCAAGGAAUUCACCAUCUACGACCCCUCUGAAGCCGAACCCUUAGGGAACAGCAUUGAGCACAUCUCUCAGGGUUCUCCUGGUAUACUCACUGUUCUUGAAGAAAAUGGCCACCGCUUCCAGGAUGGGGACAGGGUGACCUUCUCUGGCAUUGAGGGCAUGACGGAGCUCAAUGACUGCGAUCCCCGGCCCAUCCGGGUUCGAGACAAAUGGACCCUGGAGAUUGGGGAUACAAUGGCCUUUUGCCCCUACCUGGGAAGUGGAGCCAUCACAGAGGUCAAGAAACCCCAGACUCGUUCCUAUGAAGCCUUGUCCUCCUCCCUGCACCAUCCCAGGAUCAUGGCAGCUGGUCCUCGGGAGAUAGAGCGUGGCCGAUGCUUGCACUGGGCCUUCCAAGCUCUGCACAAGUUCCAGGCUCAGACUGGCCGCCUCCCCAGACCCUGGGACCUGGGGGAUGCGAAUGAGCUGGUGGUCCUAGCCCGGGGUCUGGACCCCCUUCAGGGAGAUAAUGGCAAAAAGGGGAACGAGCCCUUCGAUGAGGCACUGGUGAAAGAGUUUGCCAUGACUUGCACUGGGGACCUGAGCCCCAUCAACUCGGUGCUUGGCGGGAUAGCAGCCCAGGAGAUGCUGAAGGCAGCCUCAGGGAAGUUCAUCCCCCUGGACCAGUGGCUCUACUUUGAUGCCCUCGAAUGCCUGCCAGAAGAUGGAAAGUCCCCACUGAGAACAGAGGCAUGUGCCCGGAGAGACUGCCGUUACGAUGGUCAGAUUGCUGUGUUCGGGGCUGAUUUCCAGAAGAAGUUGGGGGAGCAGAACUACUUUCUGGUCGGGGCAGGAGCCAUUGGCUGUGAGCUGCUCAAGACCUUUGCGAUGGUGGGGUUAGGAGCUGGGCAGGGUGGGGGCAUCACGGUCACCGACAUGGACACUGUGGAACUCUCCAACCUCAGCCGUCAGUUCCUUUUCCGGUCACAGGACUUGAAUAAGCACAAGGCAAAAGCAGCGGCUCUAGCUGUGAAGGGCAUGAACCCAGCUCUCCGUGUGACGGCACACACGAAUGAACUGGGCCCCGACACCGAGCAGAUCUAUGGGGAUGACUUCUUCUCCAGCCUCGAUGGUGUGGCUUCUGCCCUGGACACUUUCCAGGCCCGUCAGUAUGUGUCUGAACGCUGUGUCCACUAUCUGAAGCCAAUGCUGGAGUCGGGCACUCGGGGCACCCAAGGCAGUGCUGCCAUCUUUGUGCCCUACCUGACCCAGCCCUACAGCAUGCCUCCCCAAGAUGCCACGGAGACUGCACACCCCAUCUGUACCCUACGCUACUACCCCAGUACCAUCGAGCAUACCCUGCAGGACACCAACCUGGAUUAUAUUCUGGCAGCUGCCAACCUGUAUGCCAAGACCCAUAAACUACCAGGCUCCCAGGACCGGGAUGAAUUACAGCGGAUGCUGCAGGAAUUACCAGCGCCUGCCUUCCAGCACCAAGCCCACACCUCCGUCUUUGCCGAGGCCUCAGCAGAAUGGGAUCCCACCCAUCUACAAGAACUCCUCUCAGCUCUGGAGAAAUGGCCGGGGACCUCCUUGGAGCCACAGUUGUUUGAGAAGGAUGAUGACAGUAAUUUCCACAUGGAUUUCAUUGUGGCUGCUUCCAAUCUUCGGGCGAAGAACUAUGGAAUCCCCCUGGCUGACCGCAGGAAGAGUAAGAAGAUUGUAGGGAGGAUCAUCCCAGCCAUAGCCACCACAACAGCUGUGAUGGCUGGGCUGAUGGGUUUGGAGUUGUAUAAGAUUGUGAUGGGGCAUCAGCGUCUCAGCUCCUACCGCCAUAGCUCGCUCCACCUGGCUGUGCCUCAACUCUCUCGCUGGAUCCCCGAAGCUGCGAGUGUCCAACAGUACCGUGAUAUGAAGUGGACGUCCUGGGACCGGCUGACAGUGUCUGCUCCUGCCCCAGGUCAGCCAGAGAUGACCCUGAAGGACCUGCUCACCUAUCUCCAGGAGAAGCACCACCUUCCAGUGACCAGGUUACUGCUGGGCCCUCAUCUCCUCUACUCAAGGUGCUGUCCAAAGGCUCAGCAAAACCUCCAGCUCAGGGUGACAGAACUGGUGCGUCAGGAGACUGACAAAGAGCUGAAGGAGGGCCAGAAGGAGCUAGUGUUUAGGAUCAUCUGUGAGGGCGAAGAUUUGGACACCACCCUCCCCCCAUUGCAUUACUGCCUUCGCUGAGCCCAGGCUGAAAGGAUGGACACAUGCCUGAGCCGCCAGCCCCAGAAUCAUUAAUAAAACAGUUGAUGAAACCAGGUGAUGGUGACCAAUUGGAAAUCAGAAAGAAAAUUGCUUGAAAUGUUGCCAGCCAAUCAGAUUCUCUUCUAGCUCAGGAUUCUUCCUCUCCAGCCCAGGGAACAAGCUGCUACAUUGAGCCCCUCUUUUCCCUUUCCUCCCAUCUCCCCCCUCCCCAUUGGAGACUCGGGCACC